CAACAGCCUUGGUCCUGGUUCGUUGGCAUAUUGGACGCUCAACAGCGCCCCACAUUCACGGCCCUGCGCUCCGCACAUCGUCCGGCAUACGAGGCUCUCUUCCAAACCGACACACAGUCGCAAAGCUCUCGACGGCAGGAUACGCCGCAUCAGCCAGUCCUCCGUGCCCAGCUCCGUUUCCAACGCGCCGCUCCCAUAGAUCUCCGGUCAGCACGAUCCGCAACUUGAUUGCACACCUGUGCUGUCGCAUCCACGAAGGCUUGCCGGUCAGAGCCAGACCGUCGGAAAGCUUGCUUCUAUUAGUUUCAAGCACCUGUCAGCUAUACGACGACAUCUCCAUCAUUCGACAAUAUUCCUUGCCAUGUGCGCUGACGCCAACGACUCACUGUCGGGGUUGGCUUUCCUGCUUGCACCCGCAAUUCGAGGUCUCUUGGCCUCCGAGCAUCAUCCAGGCCACUGCAUUCCAAAGCAGCACCGUGUGCUCCUUGAGUCAGCCCUCGCCUCCAGCUCGUCUGCAUCUGCUUCUGAAACGACGCAUGCCGUGCUCAAGACUGUUUCGGAGCUGAUGCUCCUUCGUCCGUGCAUGCUUGGACAAAUCACACAUCUGUUCAGGCCCAUACUCAUCGACCUGGUUGCGCGCUGGCUUCUUGCGGUCGAUAUUCCCAUUCAUUGGCAGCAUGCCGGAGGGCUUUGUCCUGCUCAUCCCUGGAUCGAAUACCCGACUCAUAGGCAUUCGCCAUCCGGCUCGGCCCAGAAGGACGAUCAGAACGACAGCCAAAAGCACCAAUAUCUUCACGAGGCUGUUGAUGUGAAGCAGUCUCCGAAGCACGACUCUGAUGGCAAUAUCCUCUCCUCAACUUCACACACCCGACCGUCGGACCUGGACCUUCCGUCACGAUCUGAAAUGCUUGCCGCCGCAAUUUCAUUCCUCUUGCCCGGUACCCCCCAGAUUCAUCGCUAUGUUGCACCCCUUCUCUCUGGAAUCCCCGGGGCAUUUGCGACUCUCUCGGGCAAAGUUGCCUGCCAUGCAGAUGCAGAUGCAGGAGCGAGCCCAUGCCUCGCCAAGAGGCUUUUCCAGCUCGUGAGGGCGCUGUACCGCAUCGUUCACCAUUCGCCUUCCGAUUUUGGUUCGCUGUUUGAGUGGCAGCCGUACUACUUGUUUCUCAAGUACCCUGACACGCAUAUCCAAAUCUACGUCGCCGAGACACUUGCCACGGUCCUUGGCAUGGCCGACACUGAUCGCCAAAAGCUCGUGGAGCCUAUCCUCGCUGAUGCUCAAGACGACUCGAUCCGCUUGAUAAGGCUUCUGGAGCAGGAGCACGAUUUGCGGGCCCAGGCCGAAAUGUUUCGUCCACCCGCCCAUGAUCCCAGCGACCCUGAGGCAGCGUCCGCCCAGUUUGUAACCCACGCUGAUCUCUGCAAGUUUACAGUCGACCUAUGCGGCGUCCUCCUGCCAACGGCGUCACUCGAUCCAUCGCCGCCCGUGACAUCGCCAGAUACCGCAGACACCGACCGGCUUGUCCUGACGCCGACGACUCGCCGGAACCUCCAUAGCAUGGGCCUGGCGCUUUCCCUGGGAUCGCCGAUCUUGCUCGAAGGCGGUCCAGGGACCGGCAAGACGUCAUUGGUCGAAGAGGCCAGUCGGAUGACUGGGCUUUCGGAUCUUCUCAAGAUCCAUCUCGGAGACCAGACUGACAGCAAGGUGCUCUUGGGAACCUAUGUGUGCACCUCCACCCCGGGCAGCUUCCGCUGGCAGCCCGGCGUCCUUACCACCGCUGUCAGCGAAGGACGUUGGGUGCUGAUUGAAGACAUUGAUCUCGCGCCCAUGGAAGUUGUCUCGGUCCUGAUCCCGCUGCUUGAGACACGCCAUCUCUUCAUUCCGAGCCGUGGCGAGAAGUUCAAGGCCAAGGAGGGCUUCCAGCUCUUCGCCACCCGCACCAUCUUUCCCUCAAAGUCUGGCGGCGGCCGACGGGUGAAGGCCGAUGCCAUUGGCGAUAAUCUCUGGACCAAGCUCAAAGUCCAUCCACUUCCCAUCAGCGAGAUCACUUUUAUCCUGGAGACGCGAUUUCCGUCCCUUCGUGAAUUCAUCCCUGGUGUGAUCCAGUCGUUCGAAGCUAUGUCCAAGUUCUACGGCGAAACCGUGGGCAUCGGACGCUACCUUUCCUUCCGGGACCUGCUCAAAUGGUGCCGCCGCAUGAGUGUGCUCUAUCCCUCGAUCUCACCGGAUACGAUCGUCAGUGGCGAAAUGAAUAUGCAGUUCCGCGAGGAUCUGCUACGGGAGGGCACCGACUGCUUUGCAGGCAUGAUUGGCCGGCGCUCGAUUGUCGACUCGGUUUUCGCCCAGCUUGGGGCUGCCCUUGGCAUUCCACAGCAUCGGAUCGACUUUUACAUUGAGCACUAUGCCCCAAGCAUAUCGACCACCGAACAGCGCAUCGUCGUCGGCCGCGGUGCUGUCUCUGUGGCGAACAAUGUGACCACGACCGUCCAACAGCGGAUUCGCCUGGCGCGCCCCUUUGCCGAGACUCGACAUGCCCUUAAGCUCUUGGAGCGCCUCACUGUCUGUACACUUUUGAACGAGCCGACGUUGCUGGUGGGCGAGACCGGCACCGGCAAAACCUCUGUCGUCCAGCAUCUGGCGACACUCUGCGGCCGCAAGCUCGUUGUCGUGAACAUGAGUCAGCAAAGCGAUAGUAGCGACUUGCUUGGAGGAUUCAAGCCCGUUGACGCCAAGAUGCUGGCCAGCCCAAUCAAAGAGGAGUUUGAAGCACUGUUUGCCCACACAUUCUCGAUCAAGAACAACCAGCCUUUCCUUGACAGCAUCAACAAAGCCUAUGCCCGAAAGAACUGGGAUAUGCUCCUCAUGGGCUUCCAGAGUGCCGUCAAGAUGGCCGAGAAGCUCUUUGAGAAGCAGCAUCCUCAGCCACCCUUGUCAAAGAAGGCGAAAAAGAACAAGCCAAAGAAGCAGCUCGAUGAAGGCCUUCAGCUUGCGUGGGAGCGCUUUAGCAUCAAUGUCAGCCAGUUCGCCGCCCAGCGCGACCAGAUCCAGCGUCAAUUUUUGUUCAUGUUUGUGGAAGGUGCGCUCGUGAAGGCCAUCAAGGAGGGUCACUGGGUACUCUUGGACGAAAUCAACCUGGCUACAUCGGAAACACUUGAGUGUCUCAGCGGCCUUCUCCAAAAUGCAAGUGGCAGCCUGCUGCUUCUUGAGCGAGGCGACACCAAGCCCAUUGAUCGCCACGAAGGAUUCCGACUGUUUGCAUGCAUGAAUCCUGCCAAUGACGCCGGCAAGCGCGAUCUGCCUCCAGGCUUACGAUCCCGAUUUACCGAGUUUUGGGUUGACAGCCCGGACUCGGAUCCGUUGGACCUGCAAAUGAUUGUCCGUCAGUAUCUGAAAGACCACCUUGUCCCCGGCGACAUGAUCGUCACCGAUCUUGCCGAGUUCUACCAAGCUGCAAAGCUUGCAAGCGACAACAAGCUCUACGAUGGGGCAGGUCAUCGUGUCCACCUCUCCAUCCGUACCCUUUCGCGGGCGUUGACCUAUGGUGUCCACGCCGCCGCUGUCUAUGGCCUGCGUCGCGGAUUGUACGAAGGCAUCCACAUGACCUUUGGCACCCAGCUCGGCAAGGAGAGCAAGCGUGUCAUGGAGACCCUGAUUGAUGAGCACUUGCUGAAGAGCGUCCGCAACCGCGACGCCUUUCUCCGCCAAGUUCCGCGCGCACCGAGCGGCGGAGGCGACGGCGGCUUGAAUCACGUCCUCUUCGAAAGCUUCUGGCUUGAAAAGGGCAACCUCGAAAUCCCCGACUCUAUCCCAGAAUACGUUCUCACUCCCUCGGUGGAGUCCAACUUGCGCAAUCUGGCCCGAGCUGUCAUGAGUCAAAAGUACCCGGUCCUGAUUCAAGGUCCCACCAGCGCCGGCAAAACCAGUAUGAUCGAGUAUCUCGCCAAACGAACAGGGCACCGCUUUGUCCGCAUCAACAAUCACGACCACACCGAUCUACAGGAGUAUCUCGGCAGCUAUGUCCCUGAUCGAGACGGAAAGCUUGUGUUUCGAGAGGGUGCCUUGGUCGAAGCGCUGCGUCGUGGCUACUGGAUUGUUCUGGACGAGCUCAAUCUGGCGCCGUCCGAUGUACUUGAGGCCCUUAACCGACUCUUGGAUGAUAAUCGUGAGCUGCUCAUACCAGAGACCCAGGAGAUUGUUCGGCCACAUCCCCAUUUCAUGCUCUUUGCGACCCAGAAUCCACCCGGCUUGUACGGAGGCCGCAAAGUCCUUUCGCGUGCGUUCCGCAAUCGUUUCUUGGAGCUUCACUUUGACGACAUCCCUGAAGCCGAGUUGACAACGAUUCUUGAGCAGCGAUGUCGCAUCGCCCCUUCAUAUGCCGUCAAGUUGGUUGCGGCCUAUCGCGAGCUCAUGGCAUCCCGGGUCAAGAGCCGGGUCUUUGAAGGAAAGCAUGGCUUUGUCACAUUGCGCGAUCUUUUCCGCUGGGCUUUGCGAGAAGCUGUGGGCUACGAGGAACUCGCCCGUAACGGAUUCAUGAUCCUUGGCGAGCGCUGCCGACAGAACGACGAGAAGGAAGUUGUGCGUCAAGCCAUCGAAAAGGUCAUGAAGGUGAAACUCAGCAUGGACGAAUACUACGAAGCCGAGUUUUCCCGCAUCCAUUCUGCGCACCUGAACAAGGGCCAAAGUUUCGGUGACGGGGUCGUUUGGACCAGAGCGAUGAAGAAACUUGUCGUUAUGGUUAUGGCAUGUAUCAGCAACAAGGAACCCACGCUUCUGGUCGGUGAAACAGGCUGCGGCAAGACUACGGUUUGUGAACUGCUGGCGCGGGCCUCUGGCCGCGAUCUGGUAAUGGUCAAUGCGCACCAGCACAGCGAGACAAGCGAUUUCCUCGGCAGCCAGCGGCCCGUCCGUGGCCGAGACGUCAUUGAACGCGAGGUUAGGGGAAUCCUGAACUCUGCCGCCGAAGCCUAUCCGGACCUCGGGCUGGAUAUCGGUGCUGGCAGCAUGGAAGAUCUCAUCAGCCAGUUCGAAGGUUUCUUCAGCCGCCAGACUGAUGGUGGACCGGCUGACGAAUCAAUCUCUGCAGCCCUUGGGCGCCUCCAAACGCUCAAGCCAAGAGUCAAGGCUCUCUUUGAGUGGCAUGACGGCCCCCUCGUCCAGGCUAUGAAGAAGGGCCGGUUUUUCCUCCUCGAUGAAAUCUCCCUUGCCGACGACUCGGUCCUUGAGCGCCUCAACUCGGUGCUUGAGCCUUCUCGCUUACUUGUUCUAGCCGAGAAAGGCUGCGACUCGGAUGGCGUUGGCGUCGAAGAGAUCUACGGCUCCGAGGGCUUUGAGUUUUUGGCGACGAUGAAUCCCGGCGGAGACUAUGGCAAGAAGGAGCUGUCUCCGGCCCUCCGAAACCGCUUCACCGAGAUAUGGGUUCCUUCAGUAACCGAUCAGGACGACUUGAAGGCUAUCAUAACGAGCAAACUGGGACCACAGGCGGGGCUCUCUGAGGAUCAAACUGUCGCCGACGCUCUGUUGGAGUUUAUCGACUCUUUCUCUCAAUGGAUUCACCGACCACGCGAGACCGUCGUCAGUAUGCGCGACAUUCUGGCUUGGGUCCAGUUCAUGAACGUUUCUGCCCCCAACAUUGGCUGGCCAAGUGCGUUUGUGAACGGCGGCGAAAUGGUGAUUGUCGACGGAAUCGGCGUCAAUCCGCUGUAUGGCAUCUCCGGCGGCGGCGAAACCUCGAUCGAGCUGAGGAAACUCUGCCUCGAGAAGCUGCGCGGGCUUGUCAACAUGACCCGAGGCCAGCUCAUCGAAUCGUCUACAUUUGUCGACUCGACCGAUCGCUGGGGUAUCGAACCCUUUGCCAUCUCCAUGGGCCCUCACUCGCCCAAGCCAGUCCAGUUCGCCAUGAAGGCACCCACGACGAUGAACAACUGCAAGCGAGUCCUACGGGCGCUCCAGCUGAGCAAGCCGAUUCUGCUCGAAGGUUCCCCAGGCGUCGGCAAGACUUCGCUCAUUUCGUCGCUGGCAAGUGUCACAGGCCACAAUCUUGUCCGAAUCAACCUCUCCGAGCAGACAGAUUUGAUGGAUCUCUUUGGAAGUGACCUGCCCGUGGAGGGAGGAAGUGGCGGAGAGUUUGCAUGGCGAGAUGGACCCUUCCUUCGAGCCAUGCAAAUGGGAGACUGGGUUUUGCUGGACGAACUCAAUCUCGCCAGCCAGCAAGUUCUCGAAGGCCUCAACGCCUGUCUCGAUCAUCGUGCGGCUGUCUACAUCCCCGAGCUUGAUCGAACGUUCGAGUGUCGCCCUGGAUUCCGAGUCUUUGCUGCUCAGAAUCCACAGUACCAGGGCGGUGGCCGCAAGGGCCUUCCAAAGUCGUUUGUCAAUCGCUUCACCCAGGUCUACGUUGAGGCCCUGACCAUGGAUGAUCUCCACAUGAUCACCUGUAGCCUCAACCCCGAUAUCGACCCGGCGAUUCUCAAGAAAAUGAUUGCCUUCAACGGCCGGAUCCAAGACGAGGUUGUAGAACGCUGCCUCUGGGGCUGGAAGGGCGGCCCAUGGGAGUUCAACCUCCGCGAUGUUUUGCGCUGGGUCGAGUUGAUGAAGAGCACCGGCCCUGGGGUCCGACCCAACAUCUCGCAUCCUGGCGAGUAUUUGGAGAUGGUGUUCUCGCAUCGCAUGCGCACCAUUCCUGAUCGCGAACGCGUUCGCAGCAUUUACCAAGAGUAUUUUGGCGAGCUCCCCGAACAAAGCCAGCGCAAGCCGUCAUGGUCCAUAUCGCCCGAUUGGAUCCAAGUGGGGCAUGCCUUCCUUCCUCGCCACCGACAUCGCGGACGAAGCGGCCAAGUAUCGACCGAUCAUCUGCUCGCGCUGCAUGAUAUCGCCUGUCCACUCGAGAGCGUGAUGAAGGCUGUCGAAAUGGGAUGGAUGACGCUGCUGACCGGGCCCACGGCCAGCGGCAAAACCAGUCUGGUUCGCUGGCUAGCCGCCGUGACCGGGCACCGCCUCGAAGAGUUCGCCAUGAACAGCGGCGUCGAUACCGUCGAGCUGCUUGGUGGCUUUGAGCAAGCUGAUCUGAAGCGCCGGGCCGAAGGGGUGCUCUCAAGCCUGUCACAGUCGAUCGAGGGCGUGCUGCGGUGUCUGCUCGCCAUGGGGGCUCACGAUUCCGCCGCAGUGGACGCCGCUCGGCAGCUCCACGCCGAUUGGGACUCUCUACGGUCGCAAGGCGAUGACGGACGUCUGGAUGGAUCAUUCGUCCUUUCGGUAAUCGCAAGUCUGGAGUCUGUCGUCAACCAACUCUCACUGGACCUGGCCGCCUCGGGCCUGCCAACAAUUCCUGGCAUCCGCGGAGCUCUUGAGCAGUACCAAAUGCUCUCCCAGCUCGGCGUCCACGGAGCUUUCGAGUGGAUCGAUGGCACCCUCCUGAGGGCAAUGGAAAAUGGGCACUGGGUCAUGAUCGACAAUGUCAAUUUCUGCCCGGCCAGCGUGCUCGACCGUCUCAAUCCCCUACUCGAGCCCAACGGCGUUCUCCUCAUCAGCGAGCGCGGCCUGAUCAACGACGAAGUCAAGGUCGUCAAGCCCCAUCCGGACUUUAGGAUCUUCAUGACGAUGGAUCCCAAGUUCGGAGAAGUCUCCCGAGCAAUGCGAAAUCGCGCGGUGGAGAUCAGUUUGAUGAGCUUCAACUGGGCCGAGACCGACGUGAGCUCCGAACGGCAUGCCCAUACUGGCGCAGACGUACUUACGAUCCUCAAUUCUCUUGGCCUGCCUGGCGAAUCGCUCCCUCGACUGGUUCACAAGACCCAUGGCUCUGUUGCGGACAGCAUCUCCGCGUUAGGCCUCCCGGCCAAUAUGGCUCCGGAUCCUAAGGACUUGGUGACCUUUGGGCACUUUGUUGUUGAAAAUGUCCAGCGCGGCAUCGCUCUUCAAGAUGCCCUCGAGAACGCUGUCCGCGAUGUCUACCUCAAUCCACGAGGCGAUGUAUUGGACGUGGACCAGUGUCUGAUUACUCUCCGGCCGCUCUUUGCAGAUGCCCAGUCCGCUCAAAUGCUGUCCCUCGGUCGGUGGCCUCACCAACCUGCAGGAGCAAUCCUGGUGGACGAAUCGCACCUGGGUCGCGUUUCCGUGGAUGGUGCACACUGCUUGCACUCGAUGCUUUCAGACACCUCGAUCCCGCGUGGAACGACGCUGGUCGAGGCUGCAGGCUGGUACUUUGUUGAGCACACGUCGCUCCAGGACCUCGCCACUCGAAAAGCCUGGCUCCGAUACGUUGGAGGCCUUGCGCCCCAGUCCUACAUGGCGGAAUUUUUGUUCAAGCAACUCGAGUACGAAUUCACGCCUGGAAGUCUCCUUGACGAUAUUGUCAGACUUGAGCAGCGCACUGCUGAGGCGUGCAGCCUCCAAGCGUCGCUUUGCUCGGCACAGCCGGUUGAUUUGCGCGGGAACAGUGUUCUGUGGAAGCGACUGCUCAAGGGGUCAGACCAAGUUCAUCUCUAUGAAUACGGACUCGAGCUGCUGCAUAUUUUCCGGCACGUUCGUUUCCGCCGAUUCGUUGAAGAGCGUGUCUAUCAAGCGAGUCGGACAAUCAAAAUCGGCGACCUGUCGGUGGUGCAAAGGUCGUAUGCGCUGAGCAGCGGACGCAUCACCGAGUCUCAGCUUGGGCACGAGAUCGUCCGUCAUCUGCAUCCUCUAUUUUUGUACGUGGGCGAUAUGCUCUUGGCCAUGGUCGAGCAUUGCCGCUCAUCCAUUUCUCAAGCGAUGCUCGAACAUAUGCGACUUAUUCUCGAUCGCUAUGAUAGCCUCUGGCUAUCGGUGCAAAGUCGGGAUGUGGAUUUCUCGAGUCUCAGCAUCUGCAUCAAGCGGCUGAACAAGGCUCUGGCUAAGGCCGGUGUGAUUGCCAACCCCCAAGAAGAUCCACUUCAGCGACGUUUGCACCAGGUGGUGGAUGCUGCCGCGCGGACGCUCAAGCUCGACUCGGCGCAGUCCAACUCGGCGAUAUGGCGGCACUGUCGCGUGUCGACCCUGCGAUACCAAGACCUGGCCGACACCGAGAGCAAGUUGGUGUCCCUCGACAGACGAUUCGACCUUGUGCAUCAGCCCCUGGAAGACUGGAUCCUUCACCAUUCGCUCAUACUCGAUGAAGCGAUAAAAUCGUCGAUUGUCGAAGGUAUCUCCACGCUCUAUUAUCUCAACGAAGCACCUCAGUCGGAGCAAGAACAACUCCUGAGGGUCCUCGAGUCUGUUCAUGAGCAAAUCCAGGCCAAGGUCGAAAAGGAUGCCAACGAUCUGGAAAUGCGUCGCCCUCAAAUGUCAGUCACUACAGCCGAUGAUACGGUCCUCAAGUCGCUCUACCCUGUUCCGAUCCCCUGGCUUGUGGAAAUGUCUCCCAGACUUGCGCAGCUGGGAGUGCUGCCGGUGCACGAUGGAUCUGCCUUGUUCAGGGAAGCCCAGUAUGUUGGCAUACUCUUUGAACUCGCGGAAGGAAGCAAAAGCAUCGAUGAAAUCAAAUCCACACUAUUGCAGCUUGUUCCGGAUCUGUCUCGGUACCUUGCUGCAUCUUUGGCCGACACAACUCGCUCCCCUGUGAGCUUGGAGGCUUGGCAGCGGCUGAUCUGGAUAUGUGAUUCAAAAAGUCUGGCCAUAACAGAUGAUGGAUUGGUGCCAUUCCUCCGGGCUAUCCUCCAAGAUGUUGUUUACAAGUGGAGUAGCGCCCUUUGGCACAAUGCCACAAGUGUUUGGCUGAACCAGAUUCGUAACCCAAGAAUUGGCUCUGGACUCAAUGGAGAUGCCGUCGCGCUUAUGCUUGUGGAUGCUGACUCGAAGACCUCGGCCCGAAGCCCCCUUGGCCCAAGCAUCCUUUGCCAGGGUUUCAAUACCGCCUUCUUUGUUCAUUUGCUCUCCUCCCUGUCGUCCACGCCCAUUUACUCCUUUGUCGCAAAGCGACUGCAAGCCCAACAGCUCUUGGCUCACGCUUCGUCGUCGAUGUACGGGCGCGACUUGUCGAGUGAGCGUGCAUCGCUGCUCCUUGUUCUUAUCUCCUCGGUAAUCCAUUACCUUGAAGCACGAUAUCAAGGUGAUCGACCAUCUUUCGCUGAGAUUGUCCUGCAGAAACUCCGAACGGCUCGGACCAGUCUGCGAACCGGCGAAGCACCCGUCAUGAUGGUCGCUGACUCGCUCUCUGAGCUUGCCGGCCAUCCCUCGGCCUCCGUCGACACCCCGUAUCUCUGCAAAUCGCUUGAGCAGCUGCAGUUGGCAGUCCCCGAGCCAAGUCUCGACAAAGGCAAGGCCGCGUCCAGCAAGGCCUGGAUAUACCUGGGUCUGGCCAUGCUCCGGGCAUACGUGCCCGAGGUCCCAGUCGACCCCGCCGCUGCCCCCGCGGUCAAGUAUCGUUUCGCCGCCGAGAGCCUCGCCCGGAUCGAAAGUGACAUUCAAGUGCGCUUCAAUAUGGAACAGCUUUGCACCGGAAACAAGUCGAACCCAGCAAUCGAGCGCCUUGUCGCCACGCGUCGGGAGCUCCAAGAGCUUCAGACCAAACUCUCGGCUCGCAUUUCCUUGCGCCCGGAGCACUCGCAGAUACUCGAGAUCUUCAGUGACCUCAGAGUACUCUCGACCAGCGCCCUCUCAGACAACUCCAUUCUGUCACUUCUCGCGGCAUUCGACUCGGCCGAUGCCCUGGAGGUCGAGAAUGCACUCCAGCGCGAGUUGUCACUGCAGGAAACUCUAGCAGCGUACCUCGAGCGAAUGGAGGCCAAGUACCCUCUGUACCGUGAUAUCUUGCAGCCGGUAUGAUCUGUCGUCGACCAACGGAGUCGCUCCUGUCAUCGAAGGCUCGCUACGUAGCAUCCGUCGCAACAUCCAGAUCUCCCAGGGUCAAUCCGACAAGAAGGG